GCCGUCUAGAAGAGACACAACCUCAUUCGAGCUCUAUCCGACUCGCACGGCGUGAUCCUCCUGCCGCCCUAGAGCCCCCCGCCAUGGCUAACUUCGACGCCAUCGACCUGCUGCUACGCUACGAGACGCCUCUCGUCAAGGACAUGGAGCCAGAUGACGAUGUUCUCGAGUGGGUGGCCGCCUAUGUGGGCAGCGAGGGCUUCCAGGAGGCAAUUGACAAUUUCUGCGGCGCCCACGCGAGUCACUUCUCCAUUCUUCUGACCAAGGGAGGACCUUCCGCUGCCGAUCUGGACAAAGUCGAAUCGACAUGGAAGGAGCUGCACGAGGCAUUCAUCGACACGGCCAACGCCCACAUCGAGGCGUUCCUCGUGGAAAGGGGAUUUACUAUGGACCAGUAUAACACCCGCUGCGAAGAGGAGAUUGCGCUGUCCGAGGAGCGACAACGACACACGCGGCUCAGUUUCUUCGUGCAGAUCCUGCUGGCCUGUUGCGAGUAUGAGCAGUUCCUCAACCUCAUGAAGCGCGUGGCCGACCCCGAGUAUUACGACAAGAAGGAGCUGCAGUAUGAAGCUGAGAACCUCGUGUACGAGGCCGAGGAGAAGGGAGCCACCAACGCCCAGCGGGCUGCGGGCGCACAGGCCUUCCUGGACUUCUUCCAGGCCAACCCCGACUUGACGCUGGACGAACUGACGCAGGAAUUCCAAAAGAAGAUGCAGCUCACGUGAAGUUGGCCCUCUCUUCGGAUGGCUGCACACCUGUUUGUAUCAUUUAACCAUGAGCCCAGUCCAAUAGUUACAGUAGACGCACAUGUUGCACCCAACUCAACACAAUCAGCGAGGCGGCAGGAGGUCGAGAAGACCGACGCAAUAAAGCGAGGCUUCGAUUGGAGCAGCCUACCUGUCUACCUGUCCCGCUCUAACAGUAGAAGACAAAGUGAGAUCGAAGUGAAGAUCAAUGACCCCAGAAAAAAAUGGAUCCAUCUAUAUGUUGAAGUUGUUGGAACUGAACGAGCUCUUGUCCUCAGACAGAAGCACCACGUCGAGCAGCGGUGUGUCUGAGUGGAAACAGCACACCAAUUCGACAAUAUCUUGGCAUUUGAUCUCUGUACGAGGCUUCUCAGCGACGUCCAAACUCGGUAGCAGUCGAAGAAGAUCCUGCCAAACGAGUUCUUGGAACCGAGCACGAACAUUGACACUAGAUAUCGCUCGACUUGAUACAGAGCUACUGACAACGUCUUCGUGGCAGUCUUGGAUUGCUUGGUUGAGAUACAGUUCUCGAAUAUCGUCCAGUGUUAGACUCCUCUCCAAUGAAUUUGAACUUCCAUGUUGAUGUAGAAAUGAACGAAGCGCCUCUUGUCCAUGUUGUG